CCUCUUGUAAACAACCAAAACUCUGUGCGCAUACAGCUCAGCUGGAGGAGUGGUGACUGCCACUUGGACUUGCAACUCACAUCUCACCAAAAGAAAUGUCGACGUCACCUCCUCAAGUGAUUCCAAGAAAGCCUUCUGGGGUCAAAGUGCUGACUCCACUUCGAGAGCAACAUCGUUCCAAUGGGCUGCCCAUGAUCACAGACGCUGAGAGAGAGAACGGCACAAGCGGGAAGUCAAGCCGCAAAAAGCUGAUGACUGCAGAAAGAGAAGUUGAAAUCUUGAAUCACUGCUUUGAUGACAUCGAGAAGUUCAUGGCUCGCUUGCAACAAGCCGCGGAGGCCCGGAGCGUUCUCAACCAAAGGACCAAGAGGAGUGCCAAGAAAAGCACCAAAAAUGACAAACAAGACUUGCUGACCAAGAAAGCGACCCCUCCGUCUGAGCAGGAAUUUGUGGACAUCUUUCAGAAAAUAAAGUACUCCUUCUGUUUAUUGGAUCGCUUGAAGUCAUCCAUCUCACAACCAGAUGCACCAGAUUUGCUCCACCACAUCUUUUUACCUCUGAACUUGGUGGUGAAGACCACUGAGGGCCCGACAUUAGCUGCAUCCGUGAAGAGUCCAUGUAUGACCAGAGGUGCUGUUUCUCUGCUCCAAGAGCACCUGACUGGAGAGGAAAAGGAGCUGUGGAAAUCCCUGGGACCCAACUGGACCUCAGACGCUUCGCAGAAGACCGUUUCUGCUCCUCCAUAUUCGCCUGUCUUCCUAGAUGGGUGGCAGCCUCAGGCUUGCGACUCAGCUGGUCGGCUGCUGGUAGAUCCCAUCCAGUUGCAGCACAAAGAGGACGCUUUUAAUGAAAGCAUGCAGAAGCAAAGUCAACCGGAACAUGUCCAACCUGCGCCCAAGAACUACAGAGAAGGGACCGAAAAAGCAAAUAAAAAUGGGAUCCCACCAAAUGGAGAGAGAAUGUAUCACUGUAAUUACGACUUUGUGGCCAGAAACAAUGAUGAACUCUCUGUACUACAUGGGGAAAAACUAGAGGUCCUUGAAUUAUCAUCGGACCGCUUUUGGAAGUGCCGGAAUAGUUAUGACGAGAUAGGACUUGUUCCGUGUAAUAUUCUGGAGCCUCUGUCUGCAUUGAACAGCACAGAGAAAAUCCAUCCGGUGCUUCGAACAGAGUCAAGGAAAACAGCUCUCCCCCCUCGGUGUUUCUCGUACGCCCCGUCGAGCAGCGACGGGUUCAGGCCGAGCGCGACCAGCCGAGCAGAGCGACAUCAGAGCAUGAUUCUGCCAUCGAACAUGACAAAAGAAGAUGGCGACCGAGUCAUGGUUAUGAACAAUGAGCUUCUGCAGCGGCUGGCUAAAAAAAGGAACCCGCUUGAAGAGAUGGCGGUUCCCUCCACAGCUGGCACCUCGAUCCCCCUGAACUACCACUCCCAAAGCGCUGAGGUGAAGGCCUGGCUCUCUGCGAAGGGCUUCAGUCGGGGGACAGUGGAGACGCUGGGAGUUUUGAAUGGAGCUCAGCUCUUCUCCUUAAAGAGUGAGGAGCUCUGCAGUGUGUGUCCGCUGGAAGGAGAGCGCAUUUACCUGCAGCUGCUGGGACAAAAGUCCCUUCUCGAGGACGUGCGCAAAGUUUCUGAACUAGAGACGGUGGUGGAGAUGUGAAAUCUGAUGACUGACCUGGGUUGGUAAACGUCACGAUAUAAGACAAAGAAAUCAAUAGUGACUUAAAGGGACAUGAGACCAAUCUGUUGUACAUGAAGGCUAUAUAAAUUCAUCAACUACACAGUAACAUGAAGAUUACAUACAUGUGUUAAUUAUAGAGUAAUAUCUGCACUGAGAAAAAUAUUUUACUUCUUUUUUUUAAAAUAAACUCUGCUAACUUUGUUCUUAGUGUUUUCAUGUUGCUAGAGUUUUAUGUCUUUUUUAAAAUGCUGUUAGCCAUUAUGUUCAUUGUGUCAAAAAGCAUCUCGAACACAGCAUUACUAAAAAGUAAGGCCUUGUAUUAUUGCACAUGAAGGUUACAUGAACUACGCAUUAAUGAUGCAGCCCUAUUGGCCGCACCGACAUGCAAGAUGUUUUUAUUUCACACGUUCUCAAAAUAAAUUUCUCUUACCGUUUUUAUUUUGUUGUAGUCACGUCUUAGUUGAUAUACUGUGGAUACUAACAAUGUGAAUCAAAUAAACGAGACAAAAUGAUUGUAAAAUGAUUACAUUAACAGAAAACCUCUCCAGAUUGUCCACUUUUCGCAUUCAUUGAUGUUUAUUUCACAUUCAUUUUUAUUAUGUCACUUUGUACAGCCACGUGUUGUUUCAGUCUAAAUGUACAAGCAUAUCACAUUAAAAAAAACAAAACAAAAAAAACAUUAGUGUUGAUUUUCUGUUGUGUUCAAGACAGUGAGGCGAUCAUUUGCUCUGUUAAUUAUUGCUUAAAACCCAGAAAUAUUCCUGUUUGGAAUAUUCACAUCUCACCAGUAGAAGUCAAUAGAUGCAUUUGUAAUGUUUAUUUUGAAUCCUCUAACUCAUGAUAUCUCUCAACACUAAAUUCAGAAUUAGCUUUCAAGUCUUUUUCUAUCAGUUGUGAAAAGUUUUUGACCCUGAGACCCCUUCACAUGCAAAAAAACAACAAAAAAAACACUCAUCCAGGUACACAAGCAGAAGGAAAAUCAACGUGAUGUGCACAUAACGUUGCUUCACCAGUUUUACAAAUAACUUUCACCAGAGGUCAAAUUUUACCGUGUAAACAACAACUGACCUUUCAGAUUACCCUGUGUGGGUUUUGCAAGCCUGUCCUGAUUUGCUUUCCUAACAUCGUCACAGGGAUGAAGAUGUGUUUACUUUCUAUAUUUAUUGCUCAUUUUAGAUAUUUUGACACAGAACAUUUUACAAAUGUGCCAUUGCUGUAUCCUAUUUCAGAGCGGCCAUAGAACGACAAGUAAACGAAAGCAUAAGUUAAAACAAUAUCCACGUGUGGGCUCUCCUUGGGGGAGAGUCUUAAGGAAGAUUUAAGCUAGCAGGUAACAUUGUGAACAAUAAAAAUCAGUCCUAUGAAGGAAAGGAUGAGGGAGAAAUGUUCAGUUGACGGUGUGUGACGUUGUGUGAAUCCAACUUUUAAACUCCUCCUGCACAGCAAAAUCAUUUUGAAACAAUUAUUUUUAAUCUUGUCCUCAGCUUUGAAUAUUUUGCAGUGAUCAGAAUGUGAAAAAAAAAUGUCCUAAAAAAAUACAGGUAUGUUUGAAGCCCCGCCCAAAAAUGAGCCCUUGACAACAGGCUUAUAUUUUUGGGUUAUUGCUUUAGCGCCUCUAAGGAAAAUAUGUCAUUAUCUACUUAAACAUUAUUCUAGUUUUGUUUCAUUUUUUAAAAACUUUUAACCAUUUUUGCUCUUUUAUUAAUAUUUUCAGUGCAUGGCCAAAUUAUGGCCUCAAAACAAAUCUUGCCAAAUGUAGAAAAAGUUGGCUAAAAUACAACAUUUCUGCCUAGGGGACAAAAAAAAAAGAAGCCA